AUGGACAACACGGGCAUCUUUCACUUGUUCAACUCGCCGCCGCCUACGCAGCAUGAUUCACUACUUUGGCCUACGCCUUUUGCCUUGCCCGAUGGCCCUUGCUCCUCCGAGUCCAACGGACCUUCCACAGAGGCCGAGACGCCGGCCUAUCCAGUCGACGCCAGCUUGAGCCACCUCGACUUCAUGCCAUUUACCGCCGGGAACGGAGAUAUUGAUCCUACGGCAUACAGCACCCUCGGGCCCUUUACUGAUGCCGACGACUCUGCAGCCGCCUUAGCCGACUACAACUCCGAACUGUCACCUUUUAACGCUCGGAGCAGCACCACGGUCAAUAUAGGACAGACACCCCGAGUGCCGCCAUCGAUGGACCAGCAGAAAACUCCGCUCUCGCCGGCUCUCUCUGUGCACAACAGCAGUCGCGUCACAAAGAAACACCGCGGAAGCUGCGGUAGCGGUAGUAGCGCCGCCUCCAAGGAUCGCAUCCGACAUGUCCAGCAUCACAUAUCGCUGUCGCCCUUUAGCAUCGACCACGCAGCCAUGACGACUGCCAAUCGUAGCCUCAUCUCCGACAGCCUGUUCCGCGUAUACCAAGACGUCAUGGAGAAUAAUCUGGCCUGCUGGCUGGCCGAAGAAAACUGCCCCUACCAGAUGAUCCCCAAGAGACGGAGCAGCCACGAAGCCAACCGCCACGACCUUACUCGACAGGAUGUUGGCAUCCAUGCAGACCUGGGCUUCUCGUGGCCCAACCGCAUGUACAACCGCGUCAAGAAGCUCGACCGCGUCGCUCAAGCUUCCAGGCUCGUGCGCCUCUCGCCCUUGGAGAAUAAGAAGGUAUCGAAGGCGCUCGAUCUGACAAUCAUCUCGUUUGCCGCCCAGUGGGCCCAGGGAAGACAUCGGAAGCAAGGGGCCUGGUCUACCGACGAUGGCGAUGACGACAGCAUCCAUGAUGGAUCUGACCAGGGUGGGUUCGAAGAAACGCUCCGACAGACGCUGUGGGAGCAGGCGAGAGCAGCGGUGCAGGACGUGUCGGACCUUGAGAGCUACCGCGUCGUCUUUGCCGAGCUGAUAUUCGGCAUGAGCCAGAAGCCUUGGGCGGAGAAGGAUGGGUGGGCAUUCGAUGAUUGCAUCGACAACGACAACGACGUCUGCCAUGUGCGCUCCUCGAUCCUGCCGCGGGUCAUGGACAUCAUCUCGCAGAACGGCCCGCCGGUCUUCAUGGAACGAGCGGCACGCAAAAUUCAUGCCCUCAAGUACUGCUUCGAGGCGUACGAGUCCGGCUUCCCCGAGGCAGUGCGGACCCGAAAGGGCGAUACAGCCAAUUCCAUGGCACGCAUAGGGCCACAGGAGAGACAGACGAUUGGCUUGCUGUAUUGGUUCGCCAUCAUGACGGAUACAGUGUCGUCUGCGAUGAACGACAGGCCCGUUGUCGUUCCCGACCAAGACUGCCCGCACGACGGGGCCGUCGAGGCGUCAAAAGGCAGCAAAAGGCCGACAGACAGCGCCCCCUGCAACGCAGGUAACCCCACAGGGAGAUGGGAGCUAGAUCUCUACGCACAAGAAGACCCGGGGAAGCCGUCAUCUCUGCAAUGGCCGUGCGCCCACGAGGCGGCAAGCAGGGCCGUAGCCCGCUCGGCGGCCGUCAAGGUGCUCUUCUUCCGACACAUAUGGUACGUGCAGAAUGCCCUACGGAACAAGGAUAGGCCCGACGCCAUAGAGGAGACGCUGCGCCUUGCCACGGCCGUCCAUGCCUACUGGAGCAAGACGUACGGCGCCCUGUUCCGCCAACUCACAGACAACUACGACGUCACUGCACCGCGCGUGAAGAGCUGGUUCACAUGCAUCGCCAUCCCUUGGCACCUGGGCUGCCUGAUGCUCGCUGACCUGAUCGACUUUGUCGACGACAACAAGCUGGGCCGCGAGGACGACAGGACACGCCGCAGGGAUACGCAGAUGACCGGCAGUAUGAGGAAGUCCAGCGCCAUCGACCUGGCUGACCUGGCUGCCGUGGCCAUGCCCUCUUCCUUUUCGUCUUCUUCAGCUCACCACCUACCAGAUUUCCACUUUGCCGUGAAUGAGAGUCCGCUCCUCACGGAACCGUGGAACAUACUCCUCAUACGGGCGUUUGUUAAGGCGUCUGUGUACCACCUCACGCAGGCCGAAGAGAUUCAGAAGAAGGAACAAAGAGGUGAGAGUGGCGGGAGAGAGGUUCAGGACAGUGUCCGGUGGGGGGAGAGCUGCAUCAGGGCGCUGCAGCUACUGGGAACGAGGUCGGCCAUGGCGAAAGCUGUGUCGGAUGUCUUGUAUAAGCCGCUUGACGGGUAUGAUCCCGCGGCACUGUUUACGCCUGGUGAGGUGUCUGCUUUCUGA